GUAAAUAUACAGUCUCAGCUCUCCAUAAUUUAUGUUUCCUCUGAUUAUACUAUAGCGCUGUAUUGUAACAGUUGUGGAUUCAAAUCUUUUGACUUGAAUGCUUGGUAUAUCACUCUGACCACUGCACAGUAUCAAAAUUCAACAUUUGCAUUUGCUAUAAUUAUAAUUCCUGUGAGUAGCUGGAAAUUAAUUCAACUUCUUAUGUCCCUUCACGUGCACAUCUGCAAUGAGGCACGUGAAAGUACACUAAUAACUGCCUGUCACUUUCUAACAGCAAGGUUCUAUACGCGUCAUCAACGAUCUCGUGAAUCUAUGGAGCCAGCAGCUGAUUCAGUAUUAUGCUACACUUGCAAUAGCUACUCCGUGUGGUAGCGAUUACUACUCCAGACUGUUUUUGGCUGUAUAUUAAUUAACAGUAUAUGUAACGGAUAGUACACAUGCAUAAUUAUAGGUUACAAGUUACGCAUACGAGUGGCAUCAGUGGCCAAAAUAAUUAUGGUAAUGUGUAUAAGUGUAGUUGUAGAUUACUAAUCAUUUCCUGUGGUUAACUUUACUUCCUGUGUGCUUGUUAAGGGUUCUGUUGGUUCUGUUCGUUAGUAGGUCCUUUCUGUAUAGUUGUUUUUGGGUCUAGCUAUAGGGGCCCGCUCCAGGCAGCUCUUUGUGUAUGGGAGCUUCUGCUCCACUGCCUUUUGUCUUACUUAUACCUUUGUUGUGUGUUGAACAAAUGUCUGCAUGAUCCUGCGACAUAACAAUUUCAAUGUGUCACACAUGACAUGUUGACAAGUUAUGACAACUGUUCAACCUCUCCUGACUUUCAAAUAAGCGAAAUCAACACGCAUGCCAGAGAGCUGGUGAGAUAAAAAAUUUGCAUAGUCUACAGCCUCGCGUCAAAGCUGCACAUGUACAUCUAGGCCAACGUGCAUGUAGCUUCUUAGCUUAGCUCGCUUUUAUUCGACAACAAAGCUUUAAAUUAACAUCAAAAUCUGCCAAAUUUAACUACCUUGUUAUGUUGAGGCUAUAUCCAUUGUGUUACAAACACAGUGCUAUCGCAUCCAGGUGAGCAGACUCAGAAUACACGGAACGACGGACAAACAAUAGACUGACCGACUACUAUACCCGUGGCGCCGCGGCGCACCUCGGGUUAAUUAUGACCAUGUAAAGUCUAUGCAAACCACACCAUCGUAUUCUUAUGUGCUGUGUCACUCUCUAUAUGGCAGUGUAUGAAGGCUGCCUGCACUUUGCUAACGAGGGCAUAUAAGGUCUUACCGCAUGCCAAAUCAAUUGCCUCAUUAAUAUUGUCUCCUGUGCAACCCUUUUCACGUAAAAGCAAAAAGCCGACUUCAAGUGUGUAGAAUAGUGCAGAGAGCCUUACUUAUAUCAUGUGGUGGAGUUUAAGUUUUUGGUACUGUAGCUACACAUGUAUUGUACUUGCCAUAGCCAAGCUAUAAUUAACAUGAUAUCGUCAUUGUCAUGCAAACAUAAUUAUGGCUUCCUGCAUGGUACAUUAACACAUUACAUUUGGGUAAUGGACCAGGUGACACAUGGAUCUGCAUGUGCCUAGUUUGUAUCGUACCAAUUCACAUGACAUUGUUUCACCUCCCGAAGGAUCUCUUUCACUCGGUUGUUUAUCCCUGCAGCCGCCAUUUGCCUGUGAGUGUUGUGUAUGCCUUAUUUGCAACUGUCCAGUUUGUUUUAUUGGAUAUAGAUAUGAUUUAUUCUCCAAAUUUAGCCAGUAGAAAGUUGUUUUUUCAAACCAGCACAAUGUGUUGUCCCCUUACAAUUACUAUAUUUGUGUAGUUGAUAGUUUGUCAGUUUACCUGUGGUGUAUUAUGUGCUGAAUGCAUGGUAAAGCCUCGAGUUCAGCCUGCGUGGCAAAGCCUUGAGUUCAGUCUGCGUGUUUCAAACAAGUUUUUAUCGAACUUGUAUCAGUUGUAUUGCUGAACUAUAGAAUGGGCAAGUGAUGGUAUGAUAAUACCAUAAACGAUAUGAUUUAUUCAUGAAUUGCAAUGCAGCGUUCUUUUCCUUAAAAAGCGCGGUGGCCUGGACCAGAGUUAUGCUUGCAGAGAUGGAUUUGUUUUGCUAGUGGAGAUUAUCCUCUCUCUGCAGUUCCACAAGUACAAGCUGAUGAUUGUGGUGAGAUCUGCCCACGUAUCUCCAACAAUGAAUCUCAUUAAUAAUCUGGCUAAUUAAUUCAAGCAUCAAGAGAGUAGCUGUGUCAAGAAUAGGUAGUACCUUUGUGUGUGGAUCAUGAUGGUUACCAAAGGAUACAUGUUACGUGUGGCACUACUCACGGUCAUACUGAUGGCCACGUCCAAAACUGUGUGUGGUGAAUUUAUCCUAACUGUUAACUUGGUCAACUACACCAACCCAACCGGACUGUGUGCUGAAUGUCAUGAGACAAUGCCAGUACCAGUGUGCUGUGAUGAACUACCAUUCAUAUCUGGCAAUUGUAACAACACAGGAGAGGAGAGAUGUGACACCAGGUUCCGUUGGACCAUCAGACCAUUCGGUGCAUCACUAGAGACAAGACCACUGAGCGAUUCUGAAAACUCUCCAUAUUUUUUCACAGACUGUGCUAUGUCCCCCAGCACUUGUCCAUUCAGUGAAAUGAGGACAACAUUCGGUUCAGGUCCAACAGCACUGCUGGGAGUAACACCCAAUCCUCUACCUGUUUCAAAAACAGAUUUUACUGUAUGGACUGGACGAAUUCAGUUUUUCAUAGAAGCAUUGGAUAGUGCACUACCCAACAUAAUAGACAGUCUGUUGAUUGACCUGGACAACCUCCAACUUGGAGCAGACUUUACAGAGGAGAUGAUGUUCACUGGAGUCCACAACAUAUCUCACAUGACCAUGAGUUUCAGAGUCGAGUGCUCUCCUGGUUUCUGUGGACAUGACUGUACCACUAUACCUCAGAACAAUCCACGAGUAGUGACAUGUCAAGCUGAUGGCACUCUAACAUGUACUGAUAACCGAUUAGACCCUUCACCUGUUGUAGCUUGUAACGAAUGCCUCUACAACCUGGAUAUUACUACUGACUGCUCCACUUGCGUACAGACCAACUAUGAUCCCUCCACCAACUGCACCCAGUGUCUACCAGGCUGGGACAUCACCUCGUACUGUACUAGUUGCCUACCCAACAGAGACCCAGUCACCAACUGCUCCCUCUGCCUACAACUAGACAGGUUCAUUUAUACAGACUGCAGUGUGUGUGCUCUACCAGGAGGAGACCCAGCAACACUCUGUCAAACAUGCUUGGCCACUAACUUUGACCCUAACACAAGUUGCUCUGAAUGCAUAGGCAAUCUUGAUCUCAGCUCCAGCUGCUCCACUUGUUUGCCUGGAUAUGACAGCAGCCGUGACUGUACAGUGUGUCUAUCUAGACGAAAUAUAUCCACAAGAUGUACCACCUGUCUGGCUGGAUUCACUGGAAGUAACUGUGAACCUGUGUCUUCUGUGAAUGGUGGUCUUGUGGGUGGUAUAGCAGGUGGAGCUCUCUUCCUGGUGAUAAUCGUCUUGGUGAUCAUUGUGUGUGUACUCGUGUGUAAAAAUCGAAGGAGAGGUCAUAUCAAAUUUGUUUCAGAUGAAGGAGCAGCUCAGAAUACUUACGAUAUUACUGGAACUGGAAGUGGAUCGUCAGCAGAACAUAAGUUUCAGAAUCCAAUAUAUGGCCCUGGAUUGGAAAUGGACUUAAAGACUGGAACAGGGUCAUCAGAUGAUCACGCAUUUACUAAUUCGCUAUACGAGACCUCGAAUGUGCACACAGAAGAUGACUACUCUCACCCUAGUGUCGGCCCACCCUUACAUACGGUAAAAACAGGCACCCAGGAUCUCACGUCUACUCUCGAUGGACCAACGUACGAUACAGCCAGCUAUCCUGAUGACAACCUGCCAAAAGAAGGCACACCUGUUUACGACACAGCUGAUCAUACUCAUCGACCACCUCUUACCAACCUACCGGAUGAAGACUAUUCUAAACUGCGUCAACCUCCAAUAACAAGUGUAACACCUCAGCCAACUUCUAUGGCUGACUAUGACACGGCCACCUUUAUUGAGCAGCCGGUCUAUGACGAAGCCUUCCCUCCAUUGGGUGAUCCCCUUUCUAAGAAAGGGACCAGGCAUCCGUUAAAGUCUGCUGGAGCUUAUGAAGAGAUUGAAGAUGAGGAUAUCCGUGGGAGAGACGAGUACGAUACAACUUACCCUCCUCCUGCAGUUAUACCUAGUGUUAAUGCAUACUCGAAAGUGGGUAAGCAUGGAGCUGAGCUUCCUGCAUACGAUGUAGCAAAUAAUCAUCACCCGAAACAGGUACAACCUAAAGUUCCACUUCCUAAUGGAAUUCUUUACGAUGCUGCUGAUUAUCCCCAAGAGCAAGCAACUCGACCUAAACUUAACUAUACAGAAACUAGCGACUUUCUUCCUACUUCGAUAAAAAAGGAAACGUCUCAACGCACUUAUGAUUAUGCAGACGCUAACGAAUUUCUUUCUGGCUCCUCCUCUGCCAAACGUUCGUAUGACUACGUGGACAAUCCUAUAGAUGGUACAAAUGCAUUGCCCCCUGCAUUGGCCCCCCUGGCUAGCUCUGUGUACACGAACACAACACCUGACAAGAUAACACUUGAGGCCGAAUCUCAUUAUGACCUAGGGCAGUGAGUGGACAUGUUCAUUUGUAUUAUAUAGUUUUGUACCUUCACUUAUGGUUCACUUGAAUUGUAAAGCUGUGUAUCAUCAUAAUAGCUCAUCCCCUCCCGUUCUUUUGUACACCCUUUACACGGUACGUUGUACCACAUGUAUUGUACAGUUUUUGA